AAAGAACCUGAUGAACAUGUUACGUCAUAAAAGUCCGUUGAAGAGCACGCGAUACUUGAGGUCGGUCUUUCAAUUUUCGCACUCACUCGAGAGGGAACGUGACGAAUAAGCUGUCGUCGAUUUCUGCUUUGCCAGGAAGAACUUUGUGCUGUUAAAAGAAUGGGUAAGAAGAAGGACUCUGGUGAAAUUCCCCAAGGGGAUGCGACCAAGGGCGCAAAAGUAUUUAAGCAAAGAUGUGAUCAGUGUCACACUGUGCAAGAGGGUGGAAAACACAAAACGGGUCCAAAUCUUCAUGGGCUUUUCGGAAGAAAAACAGGACAGUCUCCAGGUUUCUCUUAUACUGAAGCAAAUAAGAAGAAAGGAAUAACAUGGAGUAAAGACACCCUAUGGGUUUAUCUUGAGAAUCCAGCCAAAUACAUUCCAGGAACUAAAAUGGUUUUUGCUGGUCUUAAAAAGAAAGGAGAACGUGCUGAUCUAAUUGCAUAUUUGGAGGAGUCAACAAAGUAAAUAAGUAAUGACUGUUGUAUGAAAUUAAAUGAUAUUGUCUUAAUUUAAACUAGAACUUUUCAAUUACAUGAACUAUGCAUUCAUUAUAUAUCUGUAAGUUUGCUUUUCUUUUAGUUAUGACACCAUGGAUAUGUCGUGAAUUAUUUUUCAA